UCUUCUUCUACCAUUUGUUUCUUAUUCAUAUUUCAAGGCAAACACACAUUUAGCUCUCUUCUAAACUUGAGUUCAUUACCAUAAAGUUUUCCCUUUCAUAACCAAAAACCAAAUCCACUCUCUUUUUUUAUUUAAUAUUUCUUUUCUUUUCUUUUGGGUAUUGUCUUCUAUUGCUUCAUACAAAACAAACUCAAUAAGCCCACUAUCAAACACCCUCUAUGGCAGAUCAGAGGAAUCAUCAAAACCCUGAUUCCAAAACCAUUUCUGUUGAAACCCCACAAGAAAGAAGGAAACUUCCAAACUUUCUGCUCUCAGUGAAACUCAAGUAUGUGAAACUUGGGUACCACUGCUUAAUCUCAAGUGCUAAGUACCUUGUCCUCAUACCCCUUAUUGGUGUAGCUUCAGCUCAUGCAUCAACACUUUCAAUCCAAGAUGUUAUCCAAUUAUGGGAAAAUCUCAAGUUCAAUGUUGUAUCACUGACUCUAUGUUUAAGUCUCAUAGUAUUCCUUGCCACCCUUUACUUCAUGAGCCGUCCAAGAGGUAUAUACUUGGUGGAUUAUGCAUGUUACAAGCCACACCAAGAUAACACAUGUACAAGGGAAAUUUUCAUGGAAAGAUCUGGUUUGACAGGGACAUUCACAGAGGAGAAUCUGUCCUUUCAGAGAAAAAUACUUGAAAGGUCUGGUUUGGGACAAAAGACUUACUUGCCACCAGCAGUGUUGAGUAAACCACCAAAUCCAUGUAUGGCUGAAGCAAGGAAAGAAGCUGAGGAAGUUAUGUUUGGAGCCAUUGACCAGCUUCUUGAAAAAACUGGUGUCAAGGCUAAGGAUAUUGGUAUUUUGGUUGUGAAUUGCAGCUUGUUCAAUCCAACACCAUCUCUCUCUGCCAUGAUUGUUAAUCACUACAAGUUAAGAGGGAAUAUCCUAAGCUAUAAUCUUGGUGGCAUGGGUUGCAGUGCUGGCCUUAUCUCUAUAGACCUUGCCAAGCAACUCCUCCAGGUACAUCCCAACUCUUAUGCCUUGGUAGUGAGCAUGGAGAACAUCACUUUAAACUGGUAUUUUGGCAACAAUCGUUCAAUGCUAGUCUCAAAUUGUCUCUUCAGAAUGGGUGGAGCUGCAAUCCUUCUCUCAAACAGGUCUAGUGAUCGCCGCAAAGCCAAAUACCAACUAGUCCACACUGUGCGUACACAUAAAGGUGCAGAUGACAAAUCAUAUGGUUGUGUGUUCCAAGAAGAAGAUGAAACAAAAACAAUUGGCGUAGCACUUUCAAAAGACUUAAUGGCUGUUGCUGGAGAAGCCCUCAAGGCAAACAUCACAACACUUGGACCAAUAGUCCUUCCUAUGUCAGAGCAACUCCUGUUUUUUGCUACAUUGGUUGCUAGGAAAGUGUUCAAGAUGAAGAUAAAGCCUUACAUCCCAGAUUUUAAGUUAGCUUUUGAGCACUUUUGCAUUCAUGCUGGAGGAAGAGCUGUGUUGGAUGAAUUGGAGAAAAAUCUUGAACUCACUGAUUGGCAUAUGGAACCUUCAAGGAUGACACUUUAUAGGUUUGGGAACACUUCUAGUAGUUCAUUGUGGUAUGAAUUGGCAUACACUGAAGCUAAGGGGAGGAUCAAGAAGGGUGAUAGGACUUGGCAAAUUGCAUUUGGUUCUGGUUUUAAGUGUAAUAGUGCUGUGUGGCGUGCUUUGAGGACCAUAAAUCCAGCAAAGGAGAAGAAUCCUUGGAUGGAUGAGAUUCAUGAGUUUCCUGUUCAUGUGCCUAAAGUGGCAACUAUUGGUUCUUAAAUCAAGUGAACCCUUUUUUUUUUUUUUUGUAUUGGGGAAGAGGUAUAAAUGGAAGAAACUUGUUUAAGGUCUUAUAGUUGAUCUUAGGAGAUGUGAUAAAAUAGAAGAGAAAAGAUGAUUACUACUACAUUAGCUCUGCCAGUUUCUUAUAGUUCUUUGUAACAGUGUGUUGAAGUUAAAAGAGUGUGCAUACAAUUAUUGCCCCUGUUGAAUGUUUAUUUCAUUAUUUUCUGUAAAAUGCACCAUUUGACUAUUUAAAGGUACAUAAAUUGAUUUUUAAGUUAA